GCACUGAACAUCUCUUGCCUCGCAAGCGUCAUGAGCGAUGACACUGCUUGGGUUCGAAGCCAGGUGGCAGCCCUUGGUUACAGUUCUGGCGAAAAUGGGAUCUCCUCCGAGCAGGUUGUUGCCGAGAUGGAGAAGAUCACCUUGGAAGACGUUGACUCAAUUCCAGAGUCCGAUGACCUCGUAAAUCAGGCUGAAGACGACUUUGACGAGCCAAUCCUCCCAGACCCGAUAAAGCGGCAUGCAGAGGAGCUAAUGCGCGCGUAUAUAAAAGAAGAGACGCGGACGACUCACGUGCGGAUAGCAAAGGCCUUCAUUGCUUUCCAUAUCGCGCGGGACCCAACGUUCAGACCCGAGGAAGUGUCCGAAGCGACUCCCGGGAGAAUCAAUGAAUUUAUCACUUACAAAUGUGGUUCGCCAGACAAAGGAGGUCAGGGAAAGAAGUUCGCUACCGCCGUGUCCACGCGGGCGGCGCUUACUUAUUAUUAUCGGCAUCUGCCUGGUCGCGAGAAUGAGAGCGUCACAGAAUGGCGCUGCGACGAGUUGACCGGAAAAUGGCGAGGACUCCCGACACGUUCAAGAACCGUGUCUGAGUUCAUGGUGGGCCUUGAGAAGACGAAGGCCGCGGCUGGCGAGGUGUCACAGUCUGCGCGUGCGCUUACACUCGACGACAUGCAUCGCCUCUUCGAUCUGUGCAUUGUGCAACCAGGUGAGAAGACAGACACACUCGCCAAUCAACGUCAAGGGAUCGUGCGCUACACUGCAUACCUACUCGCAUGGCUCCUCGUGCUCCGGAUCGAAGAAGCGAUGAAGCUGACCUUCGAGAGCAUCGAGAAGAUACCCGGGGAACGCCGGUUCUUUGAUGUACGUUUGGGUCCCCGGAAAACACAGCAAAGUGGGAUAUCGCAUCACUGGAGACUCCACGCCAACGACGCAGAUCCCGCAAUAUGUCCGGUGCGCGCCAUCAUCCGCCUCGUGUAUAUUUAUGGGCGUGAUUUGCCCAAGUCCGGCCCAUUGUUCCUGCGUGUUCGUGCGCAGGGUGCUAUAGAUCAGAGGAAGCCUUUCACUUCAAGCGCCCUGUCGCGUGCGCUCGUGCGGGACCUGCAGGAAUUAGGGUAUAUCUCAUGGAAUCUAUAUGGUACACAUUCCUUCCGUCGCGGUGGUUGUCAAUAUCGUAUCAAAGUGAAGGGGUGGACCGUGGAUAUGGUUGCGGCAUGGGGAGGUUGGUCACAAGUCGAAGCAGUGACAAUGUUCCGUUACUUCUACUCACCGAACGACAACCACGAGCGCCUUGAUAAUUACGACUGCAAUGACUCCAAUGUACCUCGCGUAUUGUUCUGAUAAAGGUAGAAUAUAUCUUGUGGCCUCU